CCACCCGCUAUUAUAUAUCCAAUCGACGGCCGCCCGGCAUGGCCGCAGCGAGACUCCGUUGCGCGGCCGCCAUCGCCGUCGCCACAGCCACCCCGGCCGUCGCAGCGCCUCCGCUUCGCCGCCACCCGGCCUUCCUCCCCGUCCCAGGCGCCGCCCGCCUCCGCCUCACGUCCUGCCGGAUCCCGCCGCCGAGGGGAGCGGCGGCCGCGGCCAUGUCGUCGUCAGCGAGGGCGGAGCACGAGGCCGGCGCGUGGUACGCGGUGCCGGGCCUCAGCCUCCGGGACCACCGGUUCGCCGUGCCGCUCGACCACUCCAGCCCCGACAGCGGAGCCACCAUCACCGUCUUCGCGCGAGAGGUCGUCGCCGCUGGGAAAGAAGACGCAUCUCUGCCUUAUCUGUUGUACCUGCAAGGAGGGCCUGGAUUUGAGAGUCCUCGUCCCACGGAAGCAGGCGGAUGGUUAAAGAAAGCAUGUGAAGACCACCGUGUUGUGCUGUUAGAUCAGCGGGGCACAGGAUUAUCCACACCAUUAACACCAUCAUCUCUUUCGCAAAUUACAUCUCCAACAAAGCAGGUUGAGUACUUGAAGCAUUUCAGGGCGGAUAAUAUAAUUAAGGACGCAGAAUUUAUUCGUCUACGUCUUGUACCAGAUGCCAAGCCUUGGACAGUCCUUGGACAGAGUUACGGUGGAUUUUGUGCUGUUACAUAUUUGAGUUUUGCUCCAGAAGGCCUGAAAUCUGUUCUUUUGACUGGAGGGCUUCCACCACUAGGUGAGCCUUGCACUGCACAAACUGUAUACAGAGCCUGCUUUAAACAGGUUCAACAGCAAAACGAGAAGUACUAUAAGAGGUAUCCUCAAGAUAUACAAGUCAUUCAUGAGAUUGUAAGAUACUUAAGUGAAACUGAAGGUGGAGGGGUUGCUCUUCCAUCUGGUGGCAGGUUAACUCCUAAGAUGCUGCAGUGUCUUGGACUGUCAGGUUUGGGUUCUGGUGGUGGAUUUGAAAGACUGCAUUAUCUGCUUGAGAGGGUGUGGGAUCCUGUACUAGUUCCUGGAGCUAAAAGGAGAAUAAGCUAUUACUUCUUGAAAGAGUUUGAAAUGUGGUUAGGUUUUGAUCAAAAUCCUCUUUAUGCCCUUUUGCACGAGUCUAUCUACUGUGAGGGCUCUUCAUCAAAAUGGUCUGCUGAAAAGAUUCGCGGUGAAUAUGAAAGUUUGUUUGAUCCUGUUAAGGCUACAGAAGAAGGCCGUCCUGUGUAUUUUACUGGAGAGAUGGUAUUUCCAUGCAUGUUUGACGAGAUCCAUGCUCUACGAGACCUAAAGGAGGCUGCCCAUUUAUUAGCUGAGAAGGAAGAUUGGCCUCCACUAUAUGAUGUUAGCAAGCUGAAUAACAAUAAGGUUCCUGUUGCUGCUGCGGUCUACUACGAGGACAUGUACGUGAACUUCAACAUCGCCAAGGAGACCGCCUCCCAGAUCGCCGGGAUCCGGCUCUGGGUGACCAACGAGUACAUGCACUCCGGCAUCCGCGACGGUGGCUCGCAUGUUUUCGAGCAUCUCAUGGGUCUUCUGAACGGCAAGAAGCCGUUGUUUUAGCUGUUUUGAAACCCUACUGUGUAGGUUCGAGUGACAGUUUACCUGAGCUUAUUAUGAUUUAAAUACGCCAACAAUACGGUCUGUUCAAUUUCUUGUAGAUGAAAGUGAAGAAAUGAAUCGAAAACAUUUCACCAACUGGAGUACCAUUGCAUAAUCUUGUUCUGCGACUA